AUGGCUGAUAUAACUAAGGCAGAAGAACAACAAGUAGAGAAGAGUUUGGAUAAAGAAGUGGAGAAAACACCUAAUACUUUGGAUGAAGAAGUGGAGAAAACACCUCAUACUUCAGAGUCAGAUUCAGGUCUCGGGUGUGAAGGCAAUAGCUCCGCUUCAGGUACAGAGCAGUCUACUGAAAAUGAAAAACAAGUUGAUAGUGGUGAUCAGGAUGGCAGAGCAAAGAGGAAGAAUUUAGAUUCUGAAGAUGAACCUUCUAAGAAAGUACCACAUGUGAUUGGCCACGGGCAAGCWGUAGCUGCACAUUAUAAUGAACUUCAAGAAGUUGGAUUGGAAAAACGUAGCCAGUCUCGCAUAUUCUACCUCCGAAACUUUAAUAAUUGGACAAAGAGUGUCCUCAUUGGUGAAUUUAUAGACCGGGUACGACAGAAAAAGAGUGAUAUAACUGUUUUGGAUCUAGGAUGUGGCAAAGGUGGUGACUUGCUGAAAUGGAAGAAAGGCAGAAUUAAAAAACUCGUCUGUACUGACAUUGCUGACAUUUCUGUGCAACAAUGCAAGCACCGCUAUGAAGAAAUGAAAUCUCGAUGUCGGUAUAAUGAACAUAUUUUUGAUGCAGAAUUCAUACAAGCAGAUAGUACCAAGGAUCUCUUGUCUUCCAAGUACAGUGAUCCARAUAUGCGCUUUGACAUUUGCAGCUGUCAAUUUGUUUACCACUAUUCAUUUGAGACGUAUGAGCAGGCUGACAUGAUGCUUAAAAAUGCUUGUGGGAACCUCUCUCCUGGAGGUUAUUUCAUUGGCACAACUCCAAAUAGCUUUGAACUUGUAAAGAGGCUUGAAGCUUCAGAAACAAAUUCCUUUGGGAAUGACGUAUACAACGUAAAAUUUGAAAAGAAGGGAGACUAUCCCUUAUUUGGCUGCAAGUAUGAUUUUCACUUGGAAGAAGUGGUUGAUGUCCCUGAGUUUUUGGUUUACUUUCCAUUGUUGGAAGAGAUGGCAAAGAAGCAUGGUAUGAAAUUAGUCUACAAAAUGACAUUUCGGGAAUUCUAUGAAGAAAAAAUCAAGAAYGAUGAGCAUAAAAUGCUCUUAAGGAGAAUGCAGGCCUUGGAGCCAUAUUCUACCUCUGGUGAUUCCAGGCUUGUUUCUGAUAAACCUGAUGAUUAUGAGCAUGCAAAAGAGUUUAUCAAAGAUGGCAAAGCAAAGUUACCACUGGGAACAUUGAGUAAAUCUGAGUGGGAAGCAACAAGUAUUUACUUGGUGUUUGCAUUUGAGAAGCAACUGUGAAACUUCRCAUACUGGAUGCAGCUAGAAGAGAUCAUGUCCAUGUGCAAACUGGAAUGRUCAGAAAUCCAUUGUGGCAACUAUUUUUUUAUUUUUUAUUUUUUAAUUAUCAGAUGUGUGCAGGACACUACCAAAAACUAGAGCAAGCUCGUGAUUCAGAGUUACAUUGCCUGUCUGUGACAGAUGGACUUGCGUGUGUAUAUUUAAGAAAGAUUCUGAACCAAUCUUUUUAAGCAUUUGUAAGCAAUCUGCAUGCUCUCAAAACCUGUGUUUGAACUGACACAACUUYAUGUUAGAAACAAAUGUUUUGUUAGUAGAAGUAUGUUUGUGAUUGCAAGCCUGAUCCUGCACUUCCUGAAGUUGAUGGAAGAAUGGCUGUCGACUUUGAUAAUGCAGAAUGAGGGCCUAAAUACUGUUCUGCAGAACUCACUUAAUUAAUUAUUAGAUCUAUUCAGACAUAGAGGGUAUGUCUACAUUGCAUGCAGAGCAAAAAAUACCUGAGUCAGUUUGAGAACCUCUGUGCUAUGCUCAAGCCUGCAGUGUAAAUCUACCUUAGUGGUCUUCAUACCAUAAUUUACAUGGUAAAAUCUCACAGUAUUCUUGUUUUUCCUGCUUGCUGAUAUGUAGUGUCACUUCAUGAUGCUUUCCAGAUUAAAUGAGUUUGUUCUGUACAAAACUGCUCUGAAAGUACUCAAUUUCUAAUGUUUUAAAUCUCUGCUUUGUUUUCCAAGUAUGGUUAUACGGUAAUCAGUAACAGCUGCUUCACAUAGAUUACUGAACAUUUUUUAUUGUAUUAAAGACUAUCCUGACUUUUCAAUAGUUUUAGUGUUUCUUGAAACUUAUUAGACAGAUCUUAGGAUGCCUUUCUUUCUCAUUUCAUAAAAUUCCAAAUUGGCUCAGUGACAGGAUGAGCUGUUGGUGGUGAUGGGGACCUCAAUGCAGUCCUUAAGGCUAAAAAAAUGGUCACGUCAUGGAUCGUGAGCCAAAAGGGGAGCCUGUGUAACAUUUGAGGAUACCAGCAGUUCCCUUGGGAAGGGAAGGCUGUGCAUAUCCAUACACUCCCUUGUACCUAUGGGCAACAAUCCCCAAAUUAGAGCCGAAUAUUUUGGGAAUGUAAUCAAAUGAUACCAGUAGGCAGUACUGUGCCUARCUAUCAUCAUAACUGCUUGUUAGUAUCUUAGAGCUGGCUUAGGGAUUUCUGGGAGUGUKUGCUCAACUUUCCACGUGCUUAUAGCUACCCAUUACUGAGAAGGCCUGAAUACUUCAUGUUUUUUCUCUCCAUUCUUGGGCUAACUGUAGCUAAUGGCUGCUGUUGGCUAAUAGAGUUUACGUAGAGAUUAAAUKAUGAUGGUACAUGAGUAUUUUGAAAAGUUGUAGUAAACCUAGAAGAGAACAUUUCUGUUAAAUGUUCAAAUUAUGAGUUUGUAGUUGUAUUGCUUUCCCCCUGUAAUUAGGUCAUACUCUUUCCUCCAUGACUCCCAUUGUUUUUUAUUGUCUAGAACACCUGUAACCUUCACCGAYGCAGUGGAAUCUGUCAGUUCUGCUGCUGAAAUUAAGAAAACAAGAUAUUCUUAUCUUCUAGAAUUAGUACUCAUGAAACUAGCUAAAAAUGAUGACACUUUAGAAAUGCUGAAAUGUUUCUUUUAAAUUUGUGUGCAUCAAAGCUARUUUUGUUAGAUUUCUUGGAAAUAUGUAUUUCAUUUCAUUUGGAAAUACAUUGUUAUGCUAUUUUUGGAAGAAAUAAAUAUAAUAAAAAGAGGG